GUGAUUUGUGUGCCCGAGCCCGCCGUGGCGUAGUGGUUAGCGUUCUGGACUUUGGAGCGCCUUGGGUUCGAAUCUCCACUAGUAAGCAUCGUCGGUAUUCAUCCGGAAUUUAAAGGGCUCAAGCCAAAAAAUCAGUACGCCGAUCAAAAAGUAAUCAGGAAAAAAACAAAAAACAAACAAAGUGAUUUGCGUGCCCCGUGUGCGACCUUCGUGACCGAAAUGCUGGUCCGGGUUGUAAUGACUCCUCCACUCCCGAGGGAGGCGGUAAUACACAGAAUGAUUGACCCCGCCAAGUCUGCCGGAAACCGGAAAUAGGUCAAGGAGAAGAAUGUACCGAGAUCGUCUGAUUAAAGCCGUGUUUUUGCCUCAAUCAAACAACACGAUGUCUUCCUCGUAUGUACAUAUUUUUGUCGCAUAACGGAGGGGACACUAACUUUUCCCAUCAGGAUAAACUCAGCGAAAAUCCAAGCUUCUCGUGCUAGCUUAGCUUGCUAGCUGCUAACAAAGGGACUCGGAAGUUAGUCGGCUGCUGUCGUGUGAAAAUGUGUCAAGUCCAAAUGCUGAGAGCGUUGGUGAAUCAGCGACUAACUGCGGCUGUUGAAGAAAUAUUUGUAGUGUUGGAAAGAACCAUAGCAGAGUACGAGGAGGAACUUUCUCGAACAAAAGAGGAGAACGAGCGACAACGUCAACUACUGGACGCCGUUUUCAGGAAGCCUCCAGACGUCCAGCACAUCAAGGAGGAGGAGGAGGAGGAGGAGGCCGAAGACGCCAAGCCGCCAUCCGUUCAUGUCAUUGUGAAGAGUGAAGAUGAUGAAGACGGCGGUGAAGGCGAGGAGAAGAGAGAGGCGGAGCCUCCAAGCAGCAGCUCAACUCAACACAUGACAACAGAAGCUGAUGGAGACCACUGUGGAGGAUCACCAGCAGACAAGCUCUUAGCUCCACUAUCAGAUAGCGACGACACGACGUCGCGCUCUUCUGACACUGAUGAUGAAGACUCCAAAGCCGCGGCGACGGGUCACACCGACGGCUCACGCUUCAAGUGCUCGCAGUGCGACAAGACUUUCAACGACCGCAGCAAUCGGAAAAGACACAUGAGAUGUCACACGGGAGAGAAACCGUUCCUGUGCUCAGUUUGCGGUCGGCAGUUCUCUCAGAAGGUCCACCUGACGACGCACACGAGAACGCACACCGGAGAGAAACCCUUUUCCUGCUCCGUGUGUGGUAUGCGUUUUGUGCGCAACCAGCAUUUGAAAAUACACACCACGACGCACACCGGAGUGAAACCUUUCCCCUGCUCGGUCUGCGGUGCAGGCUUUCUACGGAACGGAGACUUGAAGAAACACAUGAGCUCGCACGCGGGAAAGAAACCUUUCGUGUGCUCCGGCUGCAACAAAAGCUUCAGCGACCAAAGCGCGCUAGUCAAGCACAUGAGGACCCACGCGGGUGACAAAGUGCUGAGCUGCAACGCUUGUGGGGAAAUCUACAAGGGCUGCAGCGCUCACCUGUGUGACGGUGACGGCGGCGGCGCUAAAUGAGGCCGUCUGACAUCGGCUCACGUUUGGCGUUCUUGGCCGUCCCUGAGAUGGAAUAAACGUAGAAAAUAAGCGUGGCUCGCUCCUUUUAAUCUGUCCAAUUGGAAACUUCAGCCAAUCAGCGAGGCUGAAGCGACGCUCAGGGUGUUCGCCUCACCGCACACUUCAUUGGUCGGGGCUGUGAUGGCACCGCCACGCCUGAGGGAGGCAGUCAUGCAGCACAAUGUGCCGACCGCGUGUUAGCGCAAGUCGCCAACAAAAGAAGGGAAACGUUAGCUAGCAGCGCAGUUAAGUCUGCGCUAGUUUCUUCUCAUCCCAAGGCUGCUCUAGCAUAGCCCUGCCACCCUAUGAGGAUGGAUGGGUGGAUGAUGGAUGGAUGGAUGAUGGAUGGAUGGAUGAUGGAUGGAUGGAUGGAUGAUGGAUGGAUGGAUGGAUGGAUGGUGAGGAUAAAGAU